GACAAAAGAGACAUCCCCAUAUAUUGAAGAAUUUUUCCAUGACAAAAGCAGCUAAACAUCUCACAGAUAAGAGAUAAAUUGGAAUAAACAGCUGUCAGUGUUAAAUAAAUAUCCUGGAUAGUGUGCAGGACAGAAAUAACUACAGCAUCGUCAAACUCCUUUCUUCUCUUUAUUUAGCUGUUCUUGCAUGUAGCUCCCAAUCUUUGCACUGCUUCAGUUAGUGGAGCAUUUAUUUUUGAAUCAGCUGCAUUUGUUAAGACUGUAACAACGAAAGGCAUUUCCUGAGAAGCUGCAAGGAUGAGCAGAAAGAAAGAACAACAGCUAAGGAAAUACGGGACCCUAGUAGUGCUUUUUAUCUUCCAAGUUCAGAUAUUUGGUUUUGAUGUUGACAAUCGACCUACAACAGAUGUCUGCUCGACACACACAAUUUUACCUGGACCAAAAGGGGAUGAAGGUGAAAAAGGAGAUAGAGGAGAAGUGGGCAAACAAGGGAAGGUUGGACCCAAAGGACCAAAAGGAAUCAAAGGAGCUGUGGGGGAUGUUGGUGACCAGGGAAUGCUUGGGAAAAUUGGUCCAAUUGGUGGAAAGGGUGACAAAGGAGCCAAAGGCUUAUCAGGGGUGUCUGGAAAAAAGGGGAAAGCAGGCACAGUCUGUGACUGUGGAAGAUAUCGCAGAGUGGUUGGACAACUGAAUAUCAACGUUGCACGUCUUAACACAUCCAUCAAGUUUGUGAAGAACGUUAUAGCAGGUAUCAGGGAGACAGACGAGAAAUUCUAUUACAUUGUGAAAGAAGAGAAGAAUUACAGAGAAGCUUUGAUCCACUGCAGGGACAGAGGAGGAACACUGGCCAUGCCUAAAGAUGAGGCAACCAAUGCCCUGAUUGCUGACUACAUCUCCAGCAGCGGCCUCUUCCGAGCCUUCAUUGGGCUGAACGACAUGGAAAAAGAGGGACAGUUUGUGUAUGCAGACAACAGCCCACUGCAGAACUACAGUCACUGGAAGGAAGGGGAACCUCACGACCCAGCUGGACGUGAGGACUGUGUGGAAAUGCUCAGCACCGGAGAGUGGAAUGACUCUGAGUGCCAAGUCACCAUCUACUUCGUUUGUGAGUUCCUCAAGAAGAGGAAAUAAAAGAGUCGCAGCACGUCCCUCGCACCUGCUGUACACACAAUAACCCCUCCUCAUCCACCCCCUGUAGGCAGAGCAGGCAGCCAGACAGGGCUCAGCCUCACUGGGUUAACCAGAGCAACUACUGCUAAGAUGGCAGUGACCAUGAAGUCAGCACAGGUCUGCCGGGGAUAUCCAGCUAAUUGUGACUUCUAUUUUCAUUUCUAUGUGUAAUUUAGGGUGGGCAUUUCUACAUGUAAUUUGGGGGCAAAUUUUCAGCAUAUAGUGGUGAAUAUGAUUUCACUAAUGCCAGAAAUAGUAAACUCACUGGUAUAUUAAUUACUGAUGUGCUUUGCAAAGUCCACAUACAGGAAGAGUGUGAUCUUUAUUCACAUGUGACCUGUGCAGGAAGCCCUAGUCAUUUCCUUGGUGACUUUGAAGCUGGUGUGGAGAACUGGCCUCCAAAAAAGUAUGUCUCUCACUGAAAUUGACUCUAAUGGAGAGUCAUAACAUAAAAAAUAAAAUAAAAGAGGAGAAAUGGUGGCAAUACUGCGGGGUAGCCGUGGGAGCUGCAGCCUAAACCUGCAAAGCAAGGAAUGUCGAUAAUGACGAUUGUCUGUGGGGUCGUUACUGCGCCCAUUGCCCACUGCUGCUGGUACAGAGGAGAGGGAAGACAAAAGAGAGAGGAAAAGAAAAACAAAUAAAAGGAGCAGAGCUGAAAGCAGGCCUGGCUGAGACCACUACAGACUGUGACUUUGCCACCAGAGCCGGGUCCAGUGAGGACAACAGCAUCAGACUCCUCGCCUCUCCAUCACUCCUGAGAUCACCGGCAGAAAGCUCUUCAGGGCGAUAGCGGUGAGUGGCCCUGCCACCCAUGCCGUGCCCAGACUCCCAAAAGAGCUGUCCCCUGUGUGCCCAGGCACACAGCAGCUCGGGUGCCAGAGGCACCAGAAGGAUGAAGGCAGCAGCUGCUGCAGCCCCUGCUGUCCCUGCCACUGGUGCCACCUGCGCUGGAUCUGCCACCGCUGCCACAACUCGCCUCACCCCCCGGCUCCAGGAGGAUGUGAGCACAACAUCACCAUCCAAACCUUUCACCUCGAACGCCUUCUCCCCCCAGUGUGUAAUCAGCCCUUUACUCACAGGCACCUUGUCGACCCUAUACAGGAAGGGCUUCGGGCUCCCUCUACCCCAAAAUACAUGUUUGGGUUUGUUUCCUUCCCUUUACCAACUGGGUACAUUCACAUAUCCAGUUUCCCACACACAUACUUUGAACACUGUUACAGUAAAGUGAUAUUUUAAACACACAA